AUGACAGAGGACGGACUCAUGCCAAAUCUCACCCUGUUCCACAGCUACAUACAAAAGGGGCGGGCAGACGCAAACAGACGAGCGGAAGAUAUGCAGACUAAAGUGGUGGAGCUUCUUGGCAAAGCAGGCAUAGUAAAUGAGGCUUAUCCUGAUGACCGAUGGUUCAAGCUAGGAGAUGGGGUCUGGACUUACAUCUUUGACAGCGUGACUGCGCUGCAUCCCCAGCUGGAGCCAGUUCUGGAGCAAUAUUGCGGCAUGAAUCCCAAUGGCUACCCGAAAGACACGAAAAACUUGAAGAUUACAAUUCCGCAAAGGGACAAGAAUCGCUGCUGCGACAACAACACCCUCGCCGCGCCAAAAUGGCUUCGUUCCAGACACGACUACCAGCCUCAGCCGCCGAAGACAGGUCCCAAAUGUCCCCGCAAGAGUUGCGAUCCGGCAUUGCAAUGCUGCCUUCGGCCUGAUGGGUCGCACAAAGAUUACCCGCCGAAGAGCCUUAAAAAUCGGCGAGAGCUUUUGAGCCGCCCCAUUUUUGCCGGCAGGAUGCAGGAUCGGGCAGAGCCCGACGAUUGCAGGAAGAAUUGGGGCGACGAAGAGGACAGAACAACCGUCAAUGAAGCAGAGGCUGCAAACGCAGUAGUGGACAAGUUACACGCUAGCAAUCCAGCAAGAGUGGCAGGAUUUCAAGACCUUGCAAAAGGUGGAGAUCCAUACGCAAUCAGCGAGCUCAAGAAAGCUUUGACAGCAGGUUCAGUACCAGCAGCAGCAGCACUUGCAGCUGCGGCAUUGGCCACGCCAGCAGCAGCAGCAGCACUUUCCGCAGCGGCCGCUGCACCGGCAGCAGCAGCAGCAGUCGCAGCAGUCGCAGUUGCACCUGAGGCAGCAGCAGCGACAGCUGCAGUGACAGCACUCUCGACAGCAGCAGCUACAAGCGUCCCUGCCUAUCAAGCGCUUUCAAAAGCCGCGGCGACAAAUGAGGCUGCAAAAGCAGCGCUCUCGAAAUUACCCUCCCCCCCCGCGCAGAGCAGCGGUAGCGAUAGCGGAGACGACGGUUCAGGCAUCUUUCCGGUCCCCUUAGGCAAGACCUCUUCAUCCGCUUCUCCACCGGCUUCUUCGUCAGCACCUGCUGGUGCCCCCCCACCGAUAGCUUCCAGCUCGUCAGCGACUCCGACGCCACAGCCAACUCGACCAAGUUCCAGCUCUGAGCAACAAACGACCUCCACGAGAGGAAAGCCGCCGCGCUAA